AUGACGAAAGAGACCGCCGAAAUUCUUGAAAUUGAAGAAAAACUCAAAGACGAACCAGAUGACGCUGUUGAAUUAGAACAACAUGAGAAAUCACAUAAUGGAAGAUCUCAUCUUAUUGGAGAAUUUUAUUCUCAGCAUGGCGGCGAUCCUCGCGAAAUUGAUAUUUCAUAUUGUGUAUUGCUGAGCUACUUGCCGACAGACUUCCUCGCGGACACGUACAAUCAAUUUUCCGAAUGCAUUAAAAACCUUCUGUCGGAAGAUUAUAAAAUCGAUCCUGAAUCGAUCACGAAGAUAGUACGCAUUCCAAUUUUAGCCAAGGAUGCCGAAAAUCAAACAAAUGCAUUGCGUGUUCUUCUGUGCUUUACGGAAAAAACGCACAAGCAUCGCAUGAUGAGCCGCAAGAAAGAAGUCGAGGUCACCGGCUUGAAAUUGGAAACUCUCGAUGAGCUUCCCGCCGAGUUUCUCGAAAUUAGCGAUGAAGAUGCGCACGCUCUCGAGUCUGGCGGCGAUUAUGAAAUGGCCGAUGAGAUUGGCGACGAGGAAGAAGAGGAACAUCAUGAUCAUGAUGAUGAUAAGGAUAAUAAUGAGCUUGAAUAUGACUAUGAGGGAGACGAAGAGAGCGAACGCAGAAGUUCUAAACGUGACGAUGAGAAUGCGCAAAACGGAGAUAAAAAAGAUGAUAAAUCUGCAAAAUCGCCAAAACCUGAGAAGCCGAAGAAGAAGAUAUAUGAAGACGAAGACGAGAAAGCACCAUUUGAAGUUAAUUGGGAAGGAGCUCCGGAGUUCCAAUGGCGCCUCUGCGAUUUUCCACGCGAUGAGCGCAAAUUGAUUAUUGAGAACGUUGUGUGGGCUGAUCUUCACAAUCCGUUCAUUUAUCGAUGCAUUCAUCGUGCUAUCAAUGUUGAUUUGACAUUCCCUGGAAGAUUCACAUCGGAUGGUUCGCGAGCAUUUAAUGGAAAACUCACACUCACUUUUCCGCCUAACGUUCCGAUUAUGGAUGAGGCAUUGAGACACUUGAUCUACUUCAGAACUGGCGAUGGAAGACGUAUUAAAGUUUAUCUUCCACAAAACACACAAUCACUUAAAAGGAAAGAAGAGUUUGAAUCGAAGUUGGGAAGAGUUAUCAAACCAACCCCUAGAAUGUUGCAAUUAGUUGUGAAGGUGUUGCCGUCUGGUUAUGAGCCAAGCUUGGAUGAUGCGUGCGCGUGGUUUCCAGAUCAAGCGGUUAUUGGAUGCGAAUUAGUCAACGAUGAAAUGGGCCAACCGUGUGCUGUUGUGAACUUUGAAACAGCCGAAGAAGCUAUCGCCGCACAUGCGGGAAAAUCAUUUGUGAAAAUUGAGACGAUUCAGAAAAGUACUGAAAACGAUGUCGUAAAAGAGGAAAAGAAAACUUCUAAUUGUAACGUUUUCAUGCGUGGAGUUGAAACACAUUUUGGUUCUCUUGUUACCAUAUAUGAUCAGAGGAAGAAGGCGCAGGAUGAGCGUUCAACAAAAGUGAAGCCACCAAGCAGUAAACGAGUUGCGGGAUCAUCGAUUCGCGCAGCAGUUCCACCGAAACGUGGUCGUGGUGUUCCGCCACCGCCAAAAAUCACAAAGAGACCACCUAUUCGCAAACGAUCGCCGCCAAGAAGCAGCCGUCCACCUCCGCGUCGCAUUCGUGGGCGUUCUGGUCCCGGUAGCAGAGCCGAUCCGAGACCGGCGACAUAUCGUGCUCCAACAUAUUCUUCGCCGUCACCGUCGAAGGGUUCGAGUUUCAGAGAUUACGGAUAUUCGUCAGUUCGCCGUUUUGAAGAUAGAGUGGAUCCUUUCGGACGCCCAAUCUACUCGGGAGACUCAUCUUAUGUCUCUCCAUUUGGAAGACCCGAACCGGAAAGCAGAUACAAUGGACCAUCUAGCUACGAGUAA